AUGAUAAAGAAAACAUGGAGAAUCCAGGAUGAGACCAAUGACACAUAUCAAGCCUGGUGUGAUGACCCAGAUGAAGAUACAGACUUUAUGUGCACUGCAAUACUAAAUCCAGAACCACUACAAUGUAAACUUCUUUUGGAAUCUGUAAAUAAGCUCUCAAGUAAAUCUCCUAAGCAUUGGAAUGAUGAUGAUGUUAUGCCGAUAGUCAAACUUCUUGCUGGACAACCUUUCAUUGAUGGAACAGGAGAAAAUUACGAAGGAGCUU